AAUCGGAAUAAAUCCUCUUUUUUAUAAAACCGCUGUUACCGGUUGGUAGUAGUGUUGGGGUUGUGAGUGUUAGCUGGUAGUUGCGUGAUUGUUUCCGUUUUCAUAGUGUCUGAUUUUUAUUCUGAAGACAAACAUGGAGAACAGACCACCCUAUGUGUUAGAGGAAUUUGAAAAAAUCAUCGAGGGAGUUGUAGACGAAUUUACUGCAGCUGCCAAAGUCUUAGGAGAGCCAAUAACUACAUUGGCUGACAUGGCUAAGGAAGCAUUUCUGAGAGAGCGUGAUAUUAUAUCUUUUGGAAUUAGAAGUCCUCCACCACCAGAACCGGAUUCAUACAGUGAUAGAUAUGUUCCACUGAUUACUGCCAUCAAUCGUAUUCAGGACUUAAGAAAUCAUAACAGACAGUGCGACGAAUUUUUCAAUCAUAUGUCUGUUGUUUCUGAAUCGAUUGAUGCAUUAAAAUGGAUUCCUGUUAGACCAGCUCCAACUCAGUACAUACGGGAGGUGAAAGAAAGUGCUGAUUACUAUGGGAACCGUGUCCUAUCAAGAAAAAAAGGUGACCAAAGACAUAUGAAUUUUAUAAACAAGUGGAAGGAAGUUUUAAGAGCUCUUGAGCAAUAUGUAAAAGCUUUUCAUUUAACUGGAUUCUCUUGGGGAUGUGCAAUGGAUUCAGUGGAACGAGAAGGACGCCAAGUGCAUGGUGCUGUUCCUCCUGUUCCUCCUCCUCCUCCCCCUCCGAAUGUUUGUGACUCUCUUGUUGGUGGUGAUAAUCGUCAUGCUCUACUGCAGGAGCUAAACCAGGGUGUGGAUAUUGUGAGAAUGUUAAAACCUGUUAAACUUGGUGAUGGCCAGGAACAGCCACCUCAUGCACGUGCACCAGUUGCUGCACGUGGUGAUGCUGCCAUGCCACGUGGAUCUGCUCUUAGAAGAAUUGAAGAACCUCCAAAAUGCAUUUUAGAAGGAAGGAAGUGGAGAGUUGUAAGUCAAAAACGAUAAUUUAAACAAGUAUUU